CUAUGGCGCUGCACGGCUUUAGGCCCGGCUACUGGUACCACCAGCCUCGGUGGAAACCCCUGUCUGGGGAAGGGCCCUGGAUCACAGUAAUGCUUUACGAUGGAGGGGACGAACUGAGGCUGAAGAUCAACGUGGAAGGAGCUAAGGAGGUGGAGAUGCGGACUAACUCGAAACUGCAGGACAUGAUCACGGAGGCAAAGGAUCGUGCGGAGAGGCGCUGCAGGAGGGACGGAGUGACAGCGAAAAUGCAGCCUAUGAUGAUAAUGAUUGGCCCUUCAGAGCAGUGCAUGCCACGACUCACUCGAUCACAGACCAAGACCAUGGACCGGAAGGAGGGAGAAUCCGUCCUGGCCUAUGAGGAACACCUGGCAGCUUUCAUCCAGGAGGCCAAUGACAGGGCUGCCGCCGCAACCAAGGAACGUGGUCGGAUUGAGCAAGAAGAAGAGGCCAAGCGACAGAGGGAAGAACAGGACCGACUUCACGAGGCCCCGGAGACUGAGAAAGGGCUGUCAGCCCUUGCGCAGGUCUCCCACGACCUCGUGGCCACCUGCGUUCUGCACCAGGAGGAAAUCCUUCACCUGCAGCAGACAGUGGACCAGAUGCUCGCACGGCUGCAGGCGUUGGAAAAACAGCCAGCUGCUGUAGCAGCCGCAGGGCCUUCAAACCUUGCCACCCGUGUUCAAGUUUUGGAGGACGACGUCAGCAAUAUCAAGCGUGUGCAUCAGGACUUCAGGACGUCGCAGCAAGCAACGAACUUGCAGUUGGAGACGCAGGUCCAGGCUGCUGCCACCGUGACGCUUGCCGCCGCAUCCUCCAGGCGCCCACCCAAGCUAGAUGACAUUCCCGUCUUCUGCGAUCAGUCCAAGACGGAACCGAUCCCGUGGUGGCGCCAGUUCACUCUCAGGCUCGACAUGCACCAUGUCCCAAACAACGAUCGACAUCCGUGCUUGUACCACCGAUCUGGUGGUGCGUGUCAAGCAUGGCUGGACAACAUCUUGACCAGCCACGGCGUAGCAGUGUCGGAACUGCACACCAAGCUCACUUGGCAGGAGUUGACUGACGCCUGGCACAAGCGAUUCCAAGUGGAGCCACCCGACCUGCAAGCGAUGAACAAGCUCAACAAGCUCCAUCAGAACACGCUACUCAAUCAGGACUGGAUUACCGAGUUCCAAAGACUCGCCUCCACACCUGACCUGCCGCUCGCAUUCCGCGCCAUCAAGCACUUGUUUAUCAUGCGCUCGUGUCCAGCUCUGCAAAACGCGCUGUCGCAGAUUGCAGAGACACUCGACACACCUGACAAGCUUUUCAGCACAACGUCACGGAUCAUUCUCACGAAUAUCGAAGCCCGCACGCCGGCCGAUCUUUCGCGACGACGAGCGGCACCCAGCCCAAGCCAAAGGUGGCUUGCAUUACUUCUAUCGAGGCUGCAACACCAAACGAGGGUGAAGUGUUGGCAGCUGCCCGGGAUGGUGGCYGRCCGCGYAACAAYCACRGCCGCGACAAGACGAAGACUCAGUCCACCUCUACACCGAGCACCGGAUCAGCAGCCGACGAACCUUGGGCGCAAUACGGACUCUCGGCGAAUUCCUAUCGCACGCGGCUCAAGUACUGUUAUUGCCUUUGGUGCAACAGCACUAUCCAUGAUGUUGCACAUUGCCCCACCAAGGGGAAACCCCGUCCGGGAAAGUAGGCGCCGCCGAGGGGGACUCGACACCUCCCUCGACGCCAUCGGAAGCGGUUGUGGCCACGACCGCCCUUUCUUCCAAGGCAUAUGCGGAUGUCAGGAGUCUUCCACUUUCGUUCGAAGACUUCGCUGCCCGGCUCGUUCCUUCACUGGAUGCUUCUCAAGGACAAGAUACAUGUGCGGCUUUCUCACCGUCCGAAGGUUCUUCCGCCAGUUCGUCUUCAUCAAGGGAUUCCGCAAGCGUGUUCAACGAGGAGGCUUUGGACCCGCUCACGCCCGAGGAUUUCGCUUGGGUUCCUCUCCCUACGACGGGCAACCUUYCGGGGCCGCAAAGCGCAGCCCUAUGCGCCCUCUUACACGAGUAUCUUUCCUUCCAUGCACCACCAACUUCGCCGACGGUAGACGAAGUCGCAGUGGGGGACAUGCUUGGCUACGUUGCCAAGGUGGCCCGCGAAUUUGUCUCGCAACGGGAUGCAUUUAUCGCAUGUCCGAGGAGGAGCUCACGGUUCUCCAUGCGCAACUCAACGAUCUACUUGACAAGGGUUGGAUCCGCCCUAGCAGCUCACCUUACGGUGCGCCCGUUCUCUUCGUUCGGAAGAAGAACAAGGACCUUCGACUUUGCAUUGACUACCGACGCCUCAACGCGCAAACCAUCAAGAACGCGGGGCCUCUACCUCGCAUUGACGAUUUGCUUGAGCGGUUGGGCGGCGCCAAGUACUUUUCCAAGUUGGACCUCAAGUCGGGCUACCAUCAGAUUUCCAUCCGCCCGCAAGAYCGGUACAAAACCGCGUUUAAGACGCGAUAUGGGCAUUUUGAGUGGGUAGUUAUGCCUUUUGGCCUCACCAAUGCCCCGGCCACCUUUCAGGCGGCCAUGACCACCGAGUCUCGCGCUAUGUUGGACCGCUUCGUCUUGGUCUACUUAGACGACAUCCUCGUCUAUAGCCGAACUCUAGAGGAGCAUCUCGAGCACCUUCGCCGUGUUCUAGAGACUCUUCGGUCAGCCUGGUACAAAGCUAACCGCGACAAAUGCGAGUUUGUCCGGCAAGAGCUUGAAUACUUGGGUCAUUCUGUCUCUCCGGAAGGCAUUCAUCCGUUGGCGGACAAGAUUCAAGCCAUCCUGGAGUGGCCCGAGCCGAAGAAUGUGACGGACGUCCGAUCCUUCCUCGGCUUGGCCGGUUAUUAUCAGCGCUUCAUCAAGGGUUACUCGAAGAUCGCGGCCAACCUAAGCAAGUUACAAAGCGAGGAGCGGCCUUUUGACUUCGACGACGACGCGCGCCAUUCUUUUGAAACACUCAAAGCGCCACUCUUGUCCGCCGAGGUGUUACAUAUUUACGACCCGCUUCUAGCUACACGCGUCACUACCGAUGCGUCGGGCUAUGGCAUUGGGGCCGUCCUUGAGCAGCACGAUGGCACGGACUAGCACCCGGUCGAGUACUUUAGCAAGAAAAUACCUCCCGUGCAUUCGAUCGACGACGCAAGAAAGAAGGAGCUUCUUGCCUUCGUCCACGCCCUCAAGCGUUGGCGACAUUUCCUCCUUGGUCGAAAAGCAUUCCGAUGGGUAACGGAUAACAAUCCGUUGGUAUUCUACAAGUCGCAAGACACGA